GCUAAUUUGACGUCCGCAAGGAGACAUCCUUUCUCUCUCCUCAACUUUCUCUCUCCUCUCCCUUCAUCUUCUCUCUCUUGCUUAGAUACAGCGAAGAACAGCAGACAACCAAGAGAAAAAAAAAAGAGAAAAAAAAAACCCAAAACCCAAAAAAAAAAGGAAAAAAGAAGAUACUGAGAUAGACCCUUUUCUUCUUUCUCUCUCUAUCAUAUUCUCUUCCCUCAUUAGUUCAGAUAUUGAUUUUUAGGAGAAAAAACAUUUUGCCCCUUCAGAAAUAAAAGGAAAAGGAAAAACAUUAACGAACCCUAAAAAAAAAAAAGCCAUUUUCAUUGGUGGGUCUCGCAAAGCAGAGAUAAUUAGCAAGAAUUAACAGAAACCCAGUUCCUAAUUCAGUGUUAAUUUCAAUUUCUGAAACCCAAUUUUGAGAAACUUUCUCUCUCUAGAUUAAUUUUUUAUGCUCUGAAUGAGUGAAGCGUUACUGGGAUCCAAAGAUUAAGGCGAAACCUCAAGGAUUUCUGGAAGUAAUCGGCAUUGUGGAAUGAUAAGAAGAGAAACGUGUUGCUUGGUUUGUUUAAUACUCGACUCUCAAGUUUUCAUGGUUAAGCACAAAGUUGUUUCAGAUUCUUUAGUGUGUGGUUGCUACUUUGGAGUAUCAUGCCUUGAAUAUCAUCCGAAAUUAUCCUGUGGGUCAUCGUUUUUGUUCGAUUCGAAUGUUCUGUAGUGUGAAUUAUAGUUGGUUUUAUUAGGGUUCAUGUUGUUUUAGAUAGUUAGGUUUUAAUUAUUUGAAGAGUGCUAGUUAAUUCAAGAUCUUUCCGAUUAUAAAAUGGUGCCUUCUGGGCCUCCCACCCCAAUUGGUGGCACUCAAUCUGUUAAUCCCUCACUUUUAAGGUCGAAUUCUGGGAUGUUAGGAGGGCAAGGUGGUCCUAUGCCUUCACAAGGGGGUUUUCCUUCUAUAGUUUCACCCAGAAAUCAGUUUAAUAACGUGAAUUUGCUGGGAAAUGUGGCCAAUGUUUCAUCACUUCUUAACCAGUCAUAUGGGAAUGGUGGUGCAAAUCCCGGGAUUUCCGGGGCCGGAAAUGGUCCAAGAGGUGGGCUUGAUGCAGGAGCCGAGUCUGACCCCCUUUCUGGUAUGGGCAAUGGAAUGGGGUUUAACCCUUCUUCUUCCUAUGGGGCUGCUAAUAUUGUGAAUCCUAGUUCAUCUGGUCAAAGUCAGGGUCAGCAGUUUCCAAAUUCUUCUAGUAAUCAAAUGUUGUCAGAUCAAGCACAGUCCCAACAGCAUGAACCGCAAAAUUUCCAGCAUCAGCAGCAACAGUUUUCUGGAAACCAGCAACAGCAACAGUAUCGGAGUGCGUUAGGUGGUGUAGGUUCUGUAAAAUUAGAACCGCAGGCAUCAGGUGAUCAACAGGCAUCUGCACAACAACAGCAUCAAAUGCAGUCUUUAAGAGGUCUGAAUCAAGUUAAGUUGGAACCACAUCAAUUGCAGAGUAUGCGAGGUAUGGGGACUGUAAAGAUGGAGCCCCAACAUUCAGAGCAGUCCAUGUUCAUGCAUCAGCAACAACAACAGCAACAACAUCAACUCAUGCAGCAGAUGUCAAUGCCAAGGACAAACACGCAAGCUGCUGCAGCCGCCCAACUUAAUCUCUUGCAGCAACAAAGAUACAUUCAGCUACAGCAACAGCAGCAUCAACAACAACAGCAACAUCAGCUUAUGAAAGGAAUUCCCCAACAAAGGUCUCAAAUGCAUCAGCAAUUUUCACCCCAGAACUUGCCUCUUAGGUCACCUGUGAAACCUGUUUAUGAACCUGGGAUGUGUGCCCGUCGUCUCACACAUUAUAUGUAUCAGCAGCAGCACAGACCAGAGGAUAACAAUAUCGACUUUUGGAGAAAAUUUGUUGCAGAAUAUUUUGCUCCAAAUGCCAAAAAGAAGUGGUGUGUUUCUAUGUAUGGAAGUGGUAGACAGACAACUGGAGUAUUUCCACAGGAUGUAUGGCACUGUGAAAUAUGCAAGCGCAAGCCUGGUCGUGGUUUUGAGGCAACGGUCGAGGUUUUGCCAAGGCUUUUCAAGAUUAAGUAUGAAAGUGGCACACUUGAAGAACUUCUUUAUGUUGAUAUGCCUCGUGAAUAUCAGAAUUCCUCUGGUCAAAUUGUUCUAGAUUAUGCAAAAGCAAUUCAGGAAAGUGUUUUUGAGCAGCUACGUGUUGUUCGUGAUGGCCAACUCCGGAUAGUGUUCUCUCCAGACCUUAAGAUUUGUUCGUGGGAGUUUUGUGCCCGGAGACAUGAAGAGCUUAUUCCUCGACGACUAUUAAUACCCCAGGUUAGUCAGCUUGGCACUGCUGCCCAAAAGUAUCAAGCUGCUACACAAAAUUCUUCAUUGAAUAUGUCUGUUUCAGAUUUACAGAGUAAUUGUAAUAUGUUUGUUGCUUCAGCUCGACAAUUGGCAAAAACGUUGGAAGUGCCGUUAGUUAAUGAUUUGGGUUACACAAAAAGAUAUGUCCGCUGCCUUCAGAUAUCUGAGGUGGUCAACAGUAUGAAAGACUUGAUCGACUACAGUCGGUCAACAGGGGCUGGACCAAUGGAAAGUUUGGCCAAGUUUCCUCGAAGAACGGGACCACCACCUUCCAUGCAAGGGCAAAGUCAGCAACCUGAGGAGCAACAGCAGCAGCAACAGCAACCACAGCAGCAACAUCAUCAACAACAACCGUCACAGCCCACAAUGGGCCCGAACUCCAAUAGUAACGAUCAAGGUUCUGUCCAGGCUGCCGGAAUGCAGAUUGCUUCAAGCAACGGGGCAAACAGUGUAAAUAAUAAUAAUAAUUCUCUCAACGUAGCUUCCACCUCUACUUCACAAAGUACCAUUGCUGGGCUUCUCCACCAAAAUUCAAUGAAUUCAAGACAGCAAAACCCGAUGAACAAUGCUAACAGCCCGUAUGGUGGUGGUGGAAGUUCUGUUCAGAUGCCAUCUCCUGGUUCAUCAAGUACGAUGCAGCAACAAACACAACCUAACCCUUCCCCCUUUCAAUCUCCCACACCUUCUUCUAAUAAUCCUCCUCAAACUACUUCACAUGGUGCCAUGGCAGCAACCACAACCAAUCACAUCAACUCGGCAAAUUCACCUGUCAUGUCCAAUAUUCACCAGCCUGCUAUAUCAGGUGACGGGGAUACCAUUGACACUCAGAGCUCAGUUCAGAAGCUCAUACAAGAAAUGAUGAUGAGUAGUCAACUCAAUGGGGGAGGUAUGAUGGGCGGCAUCGGUUCACUGGGAACUGACGCGAAAAAUGUGAACGGGAUUUUGCCAAUGAGCGGGAAUUCGGCUCUCAACGGUCUCGUGGGUAACGGUCCCAUGAAUAGCAGCAAUUCAAGUAUGGGUGGUGGUGGUUCUUUAGGGGGAAUGGGCGGGGCAAUGGGCCAAGCUUCAAUGGUUAAUGGUAUUCGAGCUGCUAUGGGAAAUAACUCCGUUAUGAUGAAUGGAAGAGUGGGUAUGGCGUCAAUGGCACGGGAUCAAAGUGUGAACCAUCAACAACAAGACUUGGGAAACCAAAUGCUAAGCGGGCUUGGAGCAGUAAACGGGUUUAACAGUCUUCAGUAUGAUUGGAAACCAUCACCAUGAUCACAGAUUAUCCGAAAUGGGUAUGAAAUUUUAUCAUAUCUGGGUUCUGAAAAGCAAAAAACGAGCUGUUUGUGCAGUAUGAUAACUCAAAGAUGGAAUGAGAAGAGGCAUUUGUGAUUCCUUGGACAUAAAUGGAGUUGAGGUGAGCUUGAGGAAGAAGAAGAGAGGGGUAAAGGAAGAGUAAACACCACCAGUUUGUACUAAUUUCAGAAGAGAAGAGGGGAACAACAUAUAGCAUAGUGUUUUACUAUAUUUAUUGAAAAAAGAUCUUCAGAUUUCUCAAAAAAUCAGCUCUCUAACAUUGUGUUUCAGUGUUUAAAACUCUGAUAGUCGUCAUCAAAGCUUCAUAUACUACUGCAAAACCAACUGAGAAUGGGGAUCGAUUGACGAAGAGUGAGUACGUAGAGGAUUGAUCGAAUUCAGUUUAUGAAUUGUACAACCAUCUUGUAAGUUUCUGGAGCCUUUUCUUGUACACUACUACUAAUAUGUCAGUCAGCAUUCCCUUCAACUCCUAGUUAAUGUUGCUAGGUGAUGUUAUAUAACAUCCUUUCUUGAGUAGGAAAUCUCAUAUAUAGUAAGUAGUAUCGAAAGUAAGAUGCAUCAUUAUAUACACUUGCCUUGGAGAAAAAGUUUUGUACCGAUAUUUUGAGAUGAAGUCAACAUUCCUGUGCAGCCACACAGGUCUUACUAGAUGAUGAUCAUAUUUAGUGGUGAUAAUUUUUAUCAAGAAAUUAAAAGUUGGUGUGCAUAA